AUGUCAACUAAAAUCUACCUGGGAGUUAUUGGCGUCGGCGGCGUCGGCACCCAUUUCCUGGCCCAGUUGGCUCGUCUGCCUAAUGCGCCGUCCCUCGUGCUCCUCGCCCGCUCUUCACAGACCAUCACCUCGCCUACUCCCUCCUACAGCCCGGCGAUCCCCACCGCAGACUGGCAAUCCGCCAACUCGUCCAACUCUUUCGCCAAGUCAGAGGCCUGGACAGCGCAGCAGAUAGCCGGCUACCUUUCCCAAGUCCCUGGACGUGCUAUUUUAGUUGACAAUACUUCUGAUCCUACUCUUGCGAGCGCUUACCCUCUGUUUUUAAGCAAAGGAAUAAGUAUCGUGACUCCUAAUAAGAAAGCAUUUUCUUCUACUUUACAGCUAUGGAAGGAUAUAUUUACUUCUGCUGCCACUGGAAACGCAUUGGUAUAUCACGAGAGCACUGUGGGAGCCGGACUUCCGGUUAUUUCGACACUGCGUGACCUUGUGGCAACAGGUGACCAAGUGACCCGAAUCGAGGGAGUCUUUUCUGGCACUCUAUCUUUCCUAUUUAAUCAAUUCGCUCCCGUUUCAGCCGCUGUAUCCUCUCCGCCCCAAAAAUGGAGCCAGGUCGUCACUCAGGCCAAGGACUUAGGCUACACCGAGCCUGAUCCCCGUGACGAUCUCAACGGGAUGGAUGUUGCACGUAAAUUGACAAUCCUGGCUCGCAUUGCCGGUUUGGAGAUUGAAAGUCCUGAAUCCUUUCCCGUUGAGAGCUUGAUUCCGGUCGAACUUGCAAGUCUGGCGUCAGGAAGUGCGGGUGCAGCGGAGUUCAUGCGCAGACUUGCCGACUUCGAUGAAAAUAUGGAAGAAAUAAAGAAUAUUGCUAAAGCUGAGGGUAAGGUUGUACGCUAUGUGGGUAGCAUCGAUGUCGUGUCGAAAAAGGUAAAAGUUGGAUUGGAGAAGUUUGAUACAGGCAGCCCCAUUGCCAGCCUGAAAGGCAGUGAUAAUAUCAUCAGCUUUUACUCUGAAAGAUAUGGCGAAAGCCCCCUAAUAGUGCAAGGCGCUGGUGCCGGAGGUGCAGUCACAGCCAUGGGUGUAACGGCAGACCUGAUAAAGGUGUUGGAACGCCUGAGAUAG